CCAACCAUGUCUCUUGCUCUAAAACCUUUACUCUUGUUCCUCGUACUCUGUGCGUUGAAUCCUUUUCCCUCUGUCGAGUCUGCAAUUACAUUUAUAAGAACUCUCCAAAACCUGAGGGGCAUUCGUAGGGGACAAAACGCGGAUGGCGUAGGCAACCUCAGAAGCCACCUCAAAAAUUUAGGCUACCAAGUAGACGACAAAUCAUCUUCCGACAACAACUUCGAUGCAAACGAUGAAUCUGCUCUGAAACAGUACCAAGCUUUCCAUGGCUUGCACACCAGUGGUGUGGUGGAUGAUCAAACCAUCGAAACCAUGAGCCUCCCACGUUGUGGAUUGCCUGAUAUCACAGCCACUCCUAACCCUAACCCUAAUGUUUUGUCGUCGUCGUCGCCCCCCCAAAACUACAUUUACUUCCCUGGAAUUCCAAAAUGGAGCAAGUUUAUCUUAAUUUAUCGAAACAACAGUUUCACGUUCAAUGAAACCACUGGUCUAUCUGACAUAGUCGCUGGCUUCCAUCGUUUCUUCCACUUUGAUUUUUACCCAUUUGAUGGGCGAGGUGGGGUUCUGGCACACGCUUUUGCUCCCCAAGAUGGAAGAAUGCACUUGGAUGCAGAUGAAAGGUGGAGCACUACAGGGAUAUCACCAACCAUUGAUCUUGAAACUGUUUGUUUGCAUGAACUUGGUCACAAUCUGGGUCUUGGACACAGUAACGAUCCUAACGCGGUUAUGGCACCCACAUAUGCAGGGGUACGACGGACUCUAAGACAAGAUGAUAAGGAUGGUUUAAACAAUCUAUAUGGGUUUUAAGAACUAGAACUUGAGAAAUAAUCUUCAGGUGUAGCAUUUGUUUGGCCUAGGUGUGUCAGUAAUUAAUUUCAUAUAUGCUGAAACCAGUUGCAUGUACUACUAUUAAGCAACAAUUAAAUAA